AUUUGAAACCUGCGGGAGGGAGGGAGAGAGGAGGAGGAGGAGGAGAAGGAGGAAGGGGAGGAAGAAGAGGAGGCUGCUGCGGAGGCUGGCGACGCGGGGCGCAGGAACUGAGCCAGCUGCCGGUGGGCAUCGUGCGGGCAUCCACGGUGACCAUGACUACUGAAGUCGGUUCCGAGUCCGAAGUGAACAAGCAGGCUGAGCAAAUAGGAUCAGACGCCGCCCGGGAGAAACCUGAUGAAGAAGCAUCAGAAAGUCAACAGAAUCCAUCCUCGGAACCUGGGGAGGAGAAAAGUCCAACGUCUCCCACUGCAGCUGUUAGCAAAAGUAGCCCCCGGAGUCAGAAGAAGGAGAAGGAUCCCUCAGAGAGUCGGGGGAUCUCUCGCUUCAUACCCCCAUGGCUUAAGAAACAGAAGUCGUAUAACCUGGUAGAGGCCAAAGAUGGAGUUGAAAGGAAAGAGCCCACCGAGGCUGUCGUGGAAGAGCCCGUAGUUGAAAAAGAUGGAUCUCUUGCAGAAGAAGGGAGCGUGGCCAGGGGUGAUGGGGAAGAAAUGCUUGAAAGAAAACGGCAGGACGUCAGAGUCGAUGAUAAGGAUGAGAAGCAUUCAGUCAGCAGUGCUGAGACACAGCCUGCUAAAGAAGAUAGUAAAGAGAUAGAAGUGGCAAAGGUGGAAGGAAUCCGGGAAGACAGACAAGAAGGGGAAGCAGCUAAAAGGGAGACUAAGGAAGUUCAGACUACUGAGCUCAAGGCAGAGAAGGCAGCCCAGAAGGCUUCGAAGAAGAUCAAAACGGUGCCGUGUAAAGUGAUGCUCCUUGAUGGCACGGAAUACAGCUGUGACCUAGAGAAACGAGCUACAGGUCAAGUACUAUUUGACAAAGUAUGUGAACAACUCAAUUUACUGGAGAAGGACUAUUUCGGGCUUUUAUUUCAAGAAAACAGUGAUCAGAAGAGCUGGCUGGAUCCUUCAAAGGAAAUCAAGAAACAAGUUCGAAAUCUUCCCUGGAUAUUCACCUUUAAUGUGAAAUUUUAUCCUCCUGAUCCUUCACAACUGACUGAAGACAUCACCAGAUAUUUCCUGUGCCUUCAACUUCGACAGGAUAUUGCUUCUGGCCGCCUACCCUGUUCUUUUGUGACUCAUGCUCUCCUUGGUUCAUAUACACUGCAAGCUGAGCUAGGUGACUAUGACCCAGAGGAACACAGCAGUGAUUACAUCAGUGAAUUUCAGUUUGCACCCAAUCAAACUAAAGAGAUGGAAGAGAAAGUAAUAGAGCUGCACAAAACUCACAGGGGCUUGUCUCCAGCACAGGCUGAUUCUCAGUUCUUAGAAAAUGCAAAGAGACUUUCCAUGUAUGGUGUAGAUCUACAUCAUGCCAAGGAUUCAGAAGGUGUGGACAUCAAGCUGGGUGUAUGUGCUAAUGGGCUGCUUAUUUAUAAGGACAGACUCAGAAUUAAUCGAUUUGCUUGGCCUAAAAUCCUGAAAAUCUCCUACAAGCGCAGUAACUUCUACAUUAAAGUCAGGCCAGCAGAGCUGGAACAGUUUGAGAGCACCAUUGGGUUCAAACUGCCAAACCACCGGGCUGCUAAAAGGUUAUGGAAAGUGUGUGUGGAGCAUCAUACUUUCUACAGGCUUGUAUCACCAGAACAGCCACCAAAGGCUAAGUUCCUUACUUUGGGAUCUAAGUUCCGAUAUAGUGGCCGUACUCAAGCACAGACCCGACAGGCAAGCACCCUCAUAGACAGACCAGCUCCAUAUUUUGAGCGUACCUCCAGCAAACGGGUCUCAAGAAGUCUUGAUGGAGCACCCAUUGGUGUCAUUGACCAAAAGGAUUUCUCUGGCCCUGCUGGUGAUGUUUCUGUUUAUGGCCCUGGAGUUGCCAGCCAAGCCACAUUUCAAGAUGGAGAUGGCAAAAGGGAGGUCAGAAGCCCAACCAAAACUCCACAGUUACAGUUUACUACUGAAGGAAAGUUCAUUUCCAUAUACCCACCAUCACCACCCAUCCACUGUGUUUCACCUCGAUCUGCAAACCUAUUGCCAAUCCCUGAAAUGGAAGUGCUUUCCGACAUUUCAGAGGAAGACCUCUUUGGGGAGGUGGAUCAAACCACACUCGAGAGCUUGGAAUUCAAUUCUCUAAGUGAAACCUCGGGGCAUGGUGAUACUGAAGUAUCCCCCCUUGAUUCUAUCUUGGAUCUUCCCCUAUCCCCAGCUAAGCACUGCUGUUCUUCUCCAAUCCAUGGGAAAACUCUUAAAGGUGCUGACUACCAAGAUACUGAGUUUGGUUACUUUCCAUUCAAUUUCUGCAAAUGCUUUCCCUCUAACUUCCCUUCACUGCUUGAUGAAGAUGGGUACCUCACUUUCCCCAGCCUCCCCAAGGUUUGCGUCUCCUUCCUCCCUGCUGACCUACAGCAUUAUGUUCCUAUCACAUCGCCUUCAUUUAUUCCUUCUUUUCUCCUCAUCUUUGGGCUGCUGCUUUCUGCUUUCCAGUCCGUUCCUUUCUCACUCACCUUUUCCCUUCCUCUCGCUCUAUCUCUCUGCUACCUGGAGCCUAAGACAACUUCAUUAAACACCUCUUAUGACAAUGACCUGCAUGACAAAGCAGAGGAAGAGGAGGCGGGGACUGAAGAAGAGGAAACACAGUUGGAGGACCUGGAUAAGACCCAGGACGACAUACUGAAACAUCAGGCUAGCAUUAGUGAACUCAAGCGCCAUUUUAUGGAAUCCACACCUGAACCACGCCCCAAUGAGUGGGAAAAGCGGCGUAUCACACCUUUGUCCCAACAGACACAAGGGAGAAAAGAUCACCUUUUCAAAAUGGAUAUUUUGCCUGUGAAGGACAAGCAACAGAUCCCAGCAGCCCCGAUUGUUGAAGAAAAAGCUCAGGAGACAGACAAGAGCCUAGAAGAGGAGAUAACAUCAAUUUUAUUUAGUAAAGAGGGCUUUUCUGCUAGCAUGAAAGCCACCUUCACAUCAACCGGCAUUCGGACAGCAGAGGGCUCUGUUGUGAAUUAUAGUGUACCUUCUGAAAUGCUUUCUUCCUCGCCCUUCUCACAGUUGCUUGAGAAACGUGCUCCCACAGCAGAAGGGCCUUGUUCUGGAGCCAACGAUGCUGUUAAGAGUUCACAUGAGACUCUGAAUGUAGUGGAGGUGAAGAAGCAGGCAGAGUUUGGGAAAGAAGAGAGAGUAAUCACAGAAGGCGUGAACGGUAGAGACAAAGUACCACCCGGGAGUGAUCCUGGGGAGAUUCGUAAGGUGGAGCCCCUGACACACAAAGACUCCCCCUCCCUGUCUUCAGAGAGCAGCAGCAGCAGCAGUGAAAGUGAGGAAGAAGAUGUAGGAGAGUACCGACCCCAUCACCGGGUGACCGAGGGUACCAUCCGGGAAGAGCAGGAGGAAAACGAAGAAGAGGUGGAGGAGGAGAAGGAGGAACGGGCAUCAAAGGUAGUACAGUGUGUGGAAGCAGUGCCAGAAGCCAGCUCAGUAAAGCAAAUCACAGUAGAAACAGUGGUCCAGGAAAAUGUAGUUUCCCAAAAGGUCUCUGGAGAGAAGAGUUUAAAAGAAGGAGAUGAGCAAGACAUGAGAGAAGAAACUGAGGAAGAACAGCACAAAGUAAACGGAGAGGUGUCUCAUGUUGACAUUGAUGUUUUGCCAGAAAUAAUUUGUUGUUCAGAGCCACCAGUGGUAAAAACAGAGAUGGUAACUAUUUCUGAUGCUUCACAAAGAACAGAAAUCUCCACCAAGGAAGUCCCAAUUGUCCAAACAGAGACCAAAACCAUCACUUAUGAAUCUCCACAGAUUGAUGGUGGGGCUGGUGGUGACACUGGCACAUUAUUGACUGCACAGACCAUCACUUCUGAAUCUGUGUCUACAACCACAACCACACACAUCACCAAGACAGUAAAAGGCGGAGUAUCUGAAACAAGAAUUGAGAAACGAAUUGUCAUCACUGGAGAUGCCGAUAUUGAUCAUGACCAGGCAUUGGCACAGGCAAUUAAGGAAGCCAAAGAGCAGCACCCUGACAUGUCAGUCACAAGAGUGGUGGUGCAUAAAGAGACAGGAGUUGCAGAAGAAGAGGAAGAAUAAAUUAAGAAAUGCUCUUUUCAAAUUACAUUCAACUCUGUGAACAUGAAGAAUUCUGACCAUUCCUAGUCUUGAUGCCACACCACUACUCCAAUGAAUUUAUACCACAAGCGGUAACAAUGACCAGGCACCUGAAGAUUAAAAUGCCAACACCAAACCUUACCUUAACAUCUCUGGUCUAUACUGUUUCCUGACAUCUUAAUUAUUAUUCAUCUUUUUUUUUAUUUUGUAUAACCACUUCCUAAUAUUCUUAGUUUUUAUUUUUUUUAUUUUUAUUUUUCAAAGUUUAGGAUUUGUCUUUGACUUUGUGUACAACUACCUGCUAAUUAUGCCUGCUUUCUGAACAAAUGAUAGUGAACAAAGCCAGCCUCAGCUGUCAGGUGCUGUUCACUUGAACAGGUGCUGUUGUACAAAAAAAGGAAAAU